AAUUGGCUAUUCCUAUAAAACGCUUCAAUUCAAAGCGAAACGCAGCCAACUUCACGAAGAAACAAAAAAACAAAACAAAAACAAAAUCUGCCAUAAUUAAAUGAAGGCUAUGGAAUGAACGAAUAGAAACGUAAAUCUUUGAGUCUCCGUUGGCUUCGUCAAUUCCGAAUAUGAAUCGCCGUCUUAAUGUAACUUCGAAUUUAAAUUGGACUUACUGAACUGAUUGUGGAUUCCGGCAGAAAUGUCCUCGAAACGAUACUCUGCGAUGAAGAAUUUUGCACGGGCCAAGAAACCUAAAUUAGACAUUAGUGUGAGUCGUGGUCGUCCUGUGAGUCCGAAAAGGGAAACUAACAUUGGGAACAGCACGUAUGUACUGCAAGCUUCUGCGGAUUUACGAAAAAAUGAUAUUGACGUUGAUUUUUGGGAUGAUGAUGACGACGACGUUAUCCUUAUGGCUACACAACUGGCUGAGGCGGCCGAAGCCGUGCGCAAGACGGAUGAGAACACCAUGACAUUUACUCAAUUUUCUCCAAAAGGAGGCACAAGCACACAGGGUCCAUCUCCUCCUCCUCCUGUGAUCGAGAAGAAUUGUCUGCUAGUAAACAGUGAAGACUUUGAGUUCGAAGCGCCAAUAUUAACAUUUAUAGCCCCCUCCGAUGCGAAUGAUCCUGGCCCUAGCAACUACAGCCAGAAAACUACCGAAGCUCGCCGGCAACUGGCUCAGGAGCGUCAAAUCAAAUUUUUAAUGGAACGCCUUGAUUUAAUUAAAAAGGAUAAUAUAAAGUUGAAAAAAGAACUAAGUGACAGCAACGAUGUUACUAAGGUUAAAAGCGGUGAGGUCAGCCUGUUACGCGAUGAAUUAAGGCAUGUGCGUCAGCAGCUGCGAGCCACUAAAAUGGAGAAACUAGCUUUGGCCGAUCAAAAGGCGGUGGUAGAAGCCAAGCAUAUCUCAGUUAAUGAGGCAGUAUUAAAACUUAAAUAUGCAGAAGUCAGAAGUGUAAAGCUAAAUCAGGCUAAAGCCGCAAAUGAUAUAAAAAACUACUACAAGCAAGAAGGGCGGAGCUUGCCGCGACAUUUUCUAAGUAUGCCAAAAUUGGAGAUUCAAGCAAAAGCCGCAAGCGAGCUAUCAUUGGCGUCAAAUACUUACCCCAACAUUUACAAACAGGAUCCCAUUCGAAACAUAGAAAUCAAAAAGAGUUUAGGAAGCAGGGUUGGAGCAUUGUUUAAAGCUGACUUCGAUCAGCUUUUAAUCAAUUAUGCACAGUUGGAGAAGAAACAAUUGACAAAGGAAUACCAACAUUUGGGAAUUCUUAAUUCGGUUUGCAAAGUUUUUUCAGAAUUUUGGUCAUAUGCACACAAUUUGGAAUCUUUACCCAACAGGCAGGUCUAUCCGUAUGUUUUCUACCCUUUAUUAGGCGGGAAUCAACGAUCUCUACAUGAUCUAUACCAACCGCUACCCCUUUAUCGUGGAGAACGUUUUGUUUUUCUGCGUCGUUAUUUGGCACUCCUAUCUCUAAUGUGUAGUCACAACAGAGCUAUAGCAGAAGCAUUGCUACACCUUAAGCAUGGUCAAGUGAGUUUACUCCAAAUAGUCAGCGAUUCCAUAAAAAUUUUGGGGUUCUCUCAAGAUCUUCCAGAGCAUUUUGGUCUACUGGAGGGAUUUGGUGCGUUUUUAACUAGUUUGCUAAGAAAUGCAUUUGGCGCAUCGUCUCCAGAUGUGUUAAAUCCUUUGUUUGACCUAUUAAAACAGUUGGUAUUUACCCGACCCAGUCCAUGGGUAUUCGGUCAGUUAAGUUCAUGCAUGCUGGCCUGUUCUCAAAAGGCUGCCUGGCCCAAUCUAAUGUCUCAGAUGUGUGUCAAUAGUCCAAAAACUUGCUUCAUCUCUGAUCGCGUACGAUCAAUUUAUCGUUUUGGAACGGACUCGUGCCUUGUGCAGGUCUAUGCUGGUUUAAUUGAGUUAUGCUUUUUCAAUGCAUUGCCUUUGGAACCAAGCCACUUCCAGUUGUUGUUGUCUACAUGCAGAAAUCAUGUGGACUUUGUUUACCAGUGCUUUCAAAAUCCGCCUGACUUUAUACUCAAAAUGCUGCCAUCUCUGGGUGAUGCAGAAGAUGAUGAUGAAAUGGCUGAGAGGACGGAGAUUGUUGGAGGCUCUGCAAUCGCAAGUUCGGUCAUAAGCGUGGCUGCCUCCGAUUAUAAUUCGAGUUUGGAAAAGGCUGAGAAAAGUGCUGCACCAGCAGAAGAAUGUAGUUGUGAGUGCUAUGUUAAACUGUGUUUAAGCGUGGUCACACUCGUCUUCCAACUUAUGCAUCAAUGGAUUUUGAAAGGUUGCAAAACGGACACUGAAGAGGUUGGAAAAAUUUCACAAACUGCAGUGCACUUGUUGAAGUUGAUUUUCCGGGAAAACUAUCUCACCUGUCUGUUUAGGGACUCAGAAGAAACCACAAAGCACUAUUUGAGUUUAAUAUGUAACUGGUGGACAGAGCACGCGAAAUGUUUGGGAUUUCUGCGCAUUCAUGUUCGCUUCCUAAGGCAGCUGGAAUAUUCACAUUUUAUGUCAAAGCCAAUGAUUUUAGAAGCCAAUGAGAAGAAUCCUGAAUUAGAUUUAACAGAAUGGAAUCGAACCGCAAACACUUCAGAGGACGUUAAUUUAAAUGAAAUUGAUUUUUAUAACUACAUGAUUGGGAUUGAUGAUUUCUUCAGUGAAAUUGAGCGAAUGGAGGAAUACCAUUUUGAAUAGAUUUAUAUGUGUUUUGGAGCUGUGAAAGCGAAAGCCCUACAAAAUUCAUGGAAAAUUAAUACAUUUUUUAUCAUUGUAUUUUCUUUAUUUGGUUUAAAGUAAAUUAUAAGAGGCAUUCGUUUAAAAGUGCAAAAAUA